AUGGAAAAAUGUUUCUCCUUUAUUUCACCCGGAGACACCCUCGAGAAUAUCAUGUCAGACCUUCAAUGCAUAAUAUCGGAUAGAAAUUGGUCAAAUUUAGUUGAAUAUAUUGGCAAUCGGAGCAAUAAUUUGAAUUCUAAAUUUGAUGAUAUAAAGCGAGAUAAAUCUAACAUCGAAAUUCUAUUCACCACAUACACACCAUCAGAAAUAGCUAGUUAUUUCAUUGCAGAAAAUGAUUCUAUCUUAUUUAUUAAUUGUUUAUCGCUUUUAGUUCAAAAGAAUCCAUUUGCUAAGACAUUUAUUGAUACAGUUCUGAGAAUAUCUCCAAAAUCCGUGAAAAGAUUAAACAUUUCUUCAAUAUUGGGAACUUCUGAAAAAUUAGAUUGUUUUUUUCAGAGAAUAUUUGAUGUUUACUUUCAGUACCAUAAUGAAAUCGUUCUUGACAUCAUAAAAUCUUUUCAAAUACGUGAUAUUAUCAUAUUUUUGUUCGAAAAAUACAAGUUCAACGAAGAUCAUUACGAUAAUUUCCUAAAAACCUUAGCAACAAUAUAUAUGCAAGAAAAUUUCGAUAAUUACCUUAAAGAACAAUUCGAAAAAUUAAUAAUGAACGAAAAUUAUCUAAAAGUCGGAAUUUUCUUGGAUUUUUUAGAAGUUGCAUCAAUAUGUAAUGCAUUAGACUACAAAGACAAGUUCCAAGAGCUUGUUUCUCCAUUUUCUAAUUCAUCAUUUGUAAAAUAUUUGGCAGAGAGAUCAGAAAGCAAUAAAUCAAAGAAUUUCGGUAGAAUUCAAUUAGAUGUAUUACCACAAUCAAUUUCUAGUCCUCUGAAAAGAAAAUAUAUGGCAGAAAUUUUAGAAAUUGAAUCUGAUGACAUUUUAAUAUCUUUAGCCGAUGUUUAUUAUAAUUCAAGAGUUAUACCAAAGAUUAUAACCGAAAUAUUCUACAAAAACAGAGCUUAUUUCGAUAAUAUUUUGGUUGAAAAAAUAACUCGACUUAGUUCGAGAUAUAACACAGUCAAAGUGUUACAAGAAGAACUUGUUAACUUAAACAUGAUCGAAAGGCCAAAAAUUGCAAAUGAUUUCGAUAAUUUAAUUAACCAUCUCAAAAAUGGUUUUCCUGAUUCUGAUAGAAGACUUCUUCAAGCAUUUAAAGAUUUUAUAAGUGAUAAGGACCAAGAAAAUCUACCAAUCCAUUGCUGUGAAUUCGAACAAGAAGUUUUAAUGAAAUUACCUCCGAAAAUUAAAGCAAACAUUGCUCAAAGUUUAGUAGAAACACUUAAGAAAAACAUAGAUAAUGACUCAAACCAAUCAAACAUUGAUAAACAUGCAAGAACUCAAAUAAUUCAGUUUAAUGAGGAAGAUUCGAGCGAAGUAAUAUGCUUUCUUAUACUUAGACUACCAAUAAAUAGGCUCAUGCAAGACUUUAUGGUCGACGACCCAUCACUUGACUGCAAAAGAUUAAUAUUGCUUCAUAAUGCAGCAAUAAAGUCCUCAAAAUCAAUAGUAUUUAGAGGAAAACCAUUACCAAAGUAUGGUGUAUACAUAGACUCAUUCAUUGUUCAGAGAUUACGAUGGAGAUAUAAUCGAGGAGAUACACUUGACAGUUUAUGCUUAGAUUACAGGUUUUUAGGUCUUGCUGAAGAUGAUAUUGCAUUAUAUAUCAAAUGGGAGACUACAACGAAUCCACCAAUGUCUCAAGAAAUGCUUUCAUCGAUAAAUUUAGGUUCAAAAGAGAAGAAAGUGCAAGCAUUCAACGGCAUGAUCAAAUUACAGAAUGUAGAUGAUAAAAUAGCACGAACAUUCCUUGCAAGUAUCGAUAUUUCUUGUAUAAAUGAUGAUGACUUAGUUUUUGGGGAAGUUCCCAAUGUCACUUUUUUAUCAAUGACACCUUUUAUAUGGAACCGAAAAGUAUUAUACCAUCCUCAUGUGAUAGAUACUCUUAAGCACCCAGAUUUCAUUCUAUCAUGCAAUUUAUUAUACUUAUUAGACCAACAAAAGCACAAAAUGUUAUUAUCAAAUUUUCCUCAUGCUUUUGCUGCUAUUUUGUACCAGUAUUCAUAUGUAUCGUCAAUACCAGCACCUGAUAUUAUUAAAACAGCUAUUUUGGUCAUAGAAAACAAGUUGUCAACACCAAUCAAAGACCAAAGAAAAAAUUUUUUCUAUGCAGUUGUUUCUACGAUUGCUAGACACGGAUGGGAUAUUGUCAAGUUCAUGGAGAUUAGGCCAGAGAUGGAGUGGACAGAGCCAUGCAUUGUCUUCUCCAUUUGUGAAUCAAAAUUCCCUGAUGCAAUUCAGAUUUUGAAGAGAAGACAAAUCGAAGUUUCCGAAAUUUUGAAAAAAUCAAUUCCUUACGAAGAACUAUUUUUCGGAGUGGGAACAUGGAUAUCAAAGAGAGUAGAGUUCGCUGUGCACUGCGCAUCACAAGAAAUCAUAAUUUCUAAUCAAUCAUGGAAUGAUUUUUUGAUGAUGGCCGAAUCUGAAGCAAAUGAUGACCAAAAAGUGAAAAUAAGAAACUAUCUACUGCUUUGUUCCGGAUCAAAUAACAGGAUGAUCUCAAAUUUACCAAUGAUUGCAAGACCUGGCUACGUUUAA